AUGUCUCCUCCAUCCAUCUACCACGUUCUGUCUGGAGCAUGGAUUCUCCUCAACAACACAGUCCGAUAUGACAACGGCACCGAGGGGCCUUCUACAGGGCCUACGGGCCCUCAUGACAUCGGCUUCCUCCACUACACCAGCACCGGCUACAUGGCCGCCAACUUCAUGUCGAGCGUCCCGGAACACCGCCCCCUCAACAUCAGCUGGCCCCGCAAAGAGACAGACCGGGACAUCGACUGGGCCCAGAUCGGCCUCCACACAUUCACCUACGCUGGACCCUACUCCGUCAAUCCGUGGAAUGAGACCCACGGGAAUCUAACCCAUGGCCCGCUGGUGUAUGCGGGUAUGCCGUACAUGGUGGGGACGAAGCAGUCGAGGAAUUACACGCUGCUGGAGCGAGGCGACAUGUUGCGGGUGACUGCGCGGCAGGACAGUAACAAUUCGACGGGCAGACUCAUCUUUCGACGAGGGAAAAGGACUAAUUGA